CCUUUGAGCAGAUGUCUAAAGGCUGAAGUCUCUAAGUUUCUUUCGGAGGGAAAAGAUUCCUGAAAAAGGCACCGAAGGCGUUAGUCAGUUGUUUUUAAUCAUUUCUCAAGGCUCAAUAAAGUUGUUUGGAUACUUUUGAUUAAACAUGGAACCUAACACACCGAAUGACAAUGGUUCUGCACCACCUGCCUAUGCACCUCCCCCCUACCCAGGACCAGGAGAUGCAUCAGCUCAGCCGCAGUACCCUCCCCCUGGCCAGGGGUAUGGUUGGCAACAGUCACCACCAGCAGCAUACCCAGGCCCUCCGCAGCCAUAUGCAGGUGCCCCACCUGUAACCCAUCCUCCUCACUUGGGAGGUGAUUCAACUGACAAAGGAGGAUUCCCAACACAUCCCCCUAGCUACCAAGGACAGCCUGGUUAUCCUGCACAGCCUGGUUAUCCUGCACAGCCUGGUUAUUCUGCACAGCCUGGUUACCACCCAGGUUAUCAGCAAGGUUAUCAUGUUCCCCCCAUAACAACUCAACAAACAAACUCUGUUACUGUUGUGCAAGGGGGUGUUGGACCAAGUGUUAUUGUGGCACCACAGAUAGCACCUCCUGAUUACUGUUUCCUGGCCUGGUUUGCCUGUUUCUUCUGUUUUUGCCCAACUGGAAUUUGUGCCAUAUUGAAAUCCAAUGAGACACGGGAUGCCAUUAUGCGAGGAGACUUUGCUACAGCCAAUAUGUUGAGCAUGGAGACCAGGAAGUUGGCAAACUUGUCAAUUGGCAUUGGAAUCACUCUCUUUGUUGUGGGCAUGAUUGUCCGUUUUGUAGCCUUCACUGCUAGCAUGUAAACAGGAGGACAUGAUAAUUAUUUCCUCCUUUAAGACCCCAUACUUCCAAGCAGACAAAGCAUAUUUUUUACUUCUUAUCGAACAAAAAGUUAAAUUAGUUGGAGAAUGUUUUAGUCCUUAAUAAAUAGGUUCAAGAGAUUUAGAAACAUUUAAUUUUAGACCCUCAGGUCAUUAAAAGGUUAUAAUAUCAAUGGUCAUUUAACUUUCAAAUUUUCAGCUUUAUUAAGUCUACUUGGUGGUUUUCACAAAUCUAUUUUUGUCAACUUUAAGUUGAUAAAUAAAUGUAGGUAGUCUGCCAGCUUUUUGAUUAUGGUGGAGUAAGCAUAUAAUCAUAUAUAUUUGAUACGAUCAUAGUGCAGGAACAUUCACCUGUAGCUCAUUAGCUUAGUUGGCCUGGCAGUGAAAGCAUGUGAAAGUAAGGUGAUGGAUUUGCAUCUCAGCACAGGGCUUGAAGCUGCUACCCUCUUGGUCUCCAGCCUGAAAAGGGGAAUUUUGUUAGCUAAAUUUGCAGCGAAAAUUGCCACUUUGGUGAACUGUGUUUGGCAGUCAUGUAGCUUAUGGUCUUUAGUUAAUGGGAGAUUAACAUUUGCAUAAAAAAAAACUGAGUCUUUCUGGGCUUUUUUUCCCCUUUUCCUCCUUCUGCCUUCAAAUAUAUUUUUUCUUCAACCAUUUUAAGAUUUCUAGUCUCCAAUUGGUGAAUUUGAAAAUAGUAGAGCCCAAAGCCCUGCACCAAUAUUGAAGGUUGUCAUCAUAGAGUAAUGUAAUUACUUAAUGUACAGCAGGUGCGUUAUCUUUUUCAUGAGGAAUAAUUGAUUUAGAUAUUGGUACCUCAGCUAAUGCUGUUUUUCGUCAUGACUUAUUGCUGGUAGUAGGCACAAAGGUGGUCUCUUAAAGAGGCCAUGUCGCAUUAGGAUGACUUUUGAGAAUUACAAAUGAUUAUCUGACUUUAUUACCAACCACUUAACCUUCAUACCAAGUUUUUUAGAAGAGCAAACAUUAAAAUAUCGACUUACUUUAAUUUGCUCCCUGCUUUGAAUUACAAUGUUCAAUGACAAGCCAUAAGGUUGUCACCAAGUAAUAGUGAAUAAGUGAAUAAAUGUAAGUCAUUCAUAUGUAUCAAACAAACAAUAAAUGAAUUUCAGUCAAAGCUGAAAUAGUGAUGCACAGGCUAACAUCCCAUUUUGUGUGGGAGUAAUUUACCUUGCAGCACUGGCUUUUAGUGGUUUUUGGACAGAUGAGGCUAUUUAUUCCUAGUGCCCAACAAUUAUCUGUAAAGCAACCUUUUUAAAUUAAAAUAAUACAGUUGCAGUA